GCUAAACUGCUUGGACUUGCCUUGUUAGCGGUAGAAGCCCCGGUAUAUAAAGAGAAGACGGAGGGGCUCUCAGUCGCUGUGAAAGCCAUACACCCCUCAUCUGCGCACACACUCAUACACACACACACAUAUAUAUUUAGACCCACACGCCUCUACAUCUCCAGCACUGUCUCACUCCAUUCCUCUACUUUAGCCUGACCGGAUGAGUUACACGAUGGACACGAUAGGGAGUCCAUUCAGGAGAGUUAUGGAUACAAGAACAACCAGUUAUGGCUACGGCCGCCCCACCGGUACCCCCUCAAGCGGCUUUCGCUCCCAGUCUUGGUCUCGGACGAGCCCUAGCUCCACGGUGACCGCAUCCUACAAGAGGACCGUGAACGCACCGGCGCCCCGGGCAUACGGCUCAACUGUGCUGAGUUCCGCCGACAGCGUUGAUUACAGUCAAACCUCCAUCCUGAACGGUGACUACAAGCGAUCUAACGAAAAAGAGCAACUCCAGGGGCUCAAUGACCGAUUUGCUGUGUAUAUCGACAAGGUUCACUACCUGGAGCAGCAGAACAAGCAGAUUGAGUCUGAGAUUCAGGCGCUGCGUCAAAAGCAGGUGUCCCGCACCCAGCUGGACGACCUCUAUGACCAGGAGUUGAAAGAACUGCGCACCGUCCUGGAGCAGAUCCACCGCGACAAGGCGCAGAUCCAGCUCGAUACAGAACACAUCGAGGAGGACAUCCAGCGGCUCAGGGACCGCUUCGAGGAGGAGGCUCGCAUCCGUGAGGAGACAGAAGCCAUAAUCCGCGUACUGAAGAAGGACACCGGUGACUCUGAGUUGGUGAAGUCCGAGUUGGAGAAAAAAGUUCAGUCGCUGCAGGAUGAGAUCGCCUUCAUCCGAAACAACCACGAGGAAGAGGUGAGCGACCUCAUCGCCCAGAUCCAGGCGUCUCAGAUAACCAUGGAAAGAAAGGACCUCCAGAAGACCGACAUCACCGAGGCUCUGCGGGAAAUACGGAGCGAACUGGAAGGACACUCCAACCAGAACCUGCAGCAGGUGGAGAGCUGGUUCGUUUGCCGCUACUCCAAGCUCACCGAGGCUGCGGAGCAGAACAAGGACGCGAUCAAGUCCGCCCGGGAUGAGAUAGCCGACUACCGCCGCCAGCUGCAGGUGAAGACGGUGGAGCUGGAAUCCGUCCGCGGUAUGAAGGACUCUCUGGAGCGGCAGCUGAAUGACAUCGAGGACCGGCACAACAGCGACCUGUCCAGCCUUCAGGAGACAAUCCACCAGCUGGAUAAUGAACUGAAGAGCACCAAGUGGGAGAUGGCGCGCCAUCUCCGUGAGUACCAGGACCUGCUGAAUGUCAAGAUGGCCCUGGACAUCGAAAUUGCUGCAUACAGGAAACUCCUCGAGGGAGAGGAAACCCACUUUAGCACAUUUCCUUAUCGCCAGCCUGUUACCUCCAGCAAAAUCUCCAAACCUAAAUCAGACUCCUCAAAGCUGAGAGUGCAGCACAAGUUUGUGGAGGAGAUCAUAGAGGAGACGCGGGUGGAGGAUGACAAGGCAGAUAUUGAUGAGGCUCUGGCAGAGAUAGCACAGGAGCUAUCGGCCGCACCCGGAGGAGAGGAGGAGGAGGAGGAAGGGAAGGAUGAUGGGGGAGAGGAAGAGCAGGAUGCUGCAGAUGAAGCAGACGAAGAGGAAAUUGUAGCUGCCUCUGAAGCCAAAGUUAGUGCUAGUGCCCCUUCUAAGGAUGGAGAUGAGGAGGAAAAGGGAGAUGAUGAGGGAGAGGAAGGUGAGGGAGAGGAUGGUAAGGAAGAAGAAAAGGAGGAAGGGGAAGGAGAAGAGGAGGAAGAAAAGGGGGGUGAGGCAGAGGAAGGUGAUGAAGAGGGGGGAGAAGGAGGAGAGGAGGAGGAGGAGGUAGAGGAAACUGUACUGUGCUCAAAAGUUCCAGAGUCAAAAACCUCUCCUGACAAAGAGAAGGGUGAUGAAAAAGAGGGUAGUGCAGGAGAAGAAGAGGAGGCUGCUGCUGAAGAGGAAGGUGGUGAAAAUGAAGAAGACGAAGGACAAGACAAAGUAUCAAAAGGAGAAGAUGAAAAGGAAGAAAAAGUUGAUGCAGAGGACAGCAAAGAGGUAGAUGAAAAGGAUGCAAAGGAAGAGCAAGUAAACGUAUCAGAAAAAGCUGUGGCUAAGUCAGAAGAUUCAAAAACUGAAGCCAGCAAGGAAGAGGCCUCAAAAACAGAUGGAUCAAAAUCUCCUAAACCUGAAUCUCCAGUGGCAGGUUCCCCAAAAACUGAAUCUCCAAAACCCUCUUCACCAAAGUCUGAAUCCCCAAAACCAAGUUCCCCAAAGUCUGAAUCCCCCAAACCAAGUUCCCCAAAGUCUGAAUCCCCAAAACCCAGUUCCCCAAAGUCUGAAUCCCCAAAACCAGGUUCCCCAAAGUCUGAAUCCCCAAAACCCAGUUCUCCACAGUCUGAAACCCCGAAACAGAGUCCCCCUAAGUCUGAAUCCCCCAAACCAGCUUCUCCUAAGUCUGAAUCACCCAAACAAGAGUCUCCUAAGUCUGAAUCACCCAAACAAGAGUCUCCUAAAGCUGACUCCCCUAAGUCUGCUUCUCCAAAGCCUGAAUCGCCCAAAGAAGUUUCCCCUAAGAUUGAAUCCCAGAAGCCUAGCUCACCACAAUCUGAGUCCCCCAAGUCUGAUGCCACCAAAGCUGAAGCUCCGAAAGAGGACAAGUCUGAAAAAAAGAGUGAUUCAACAGAUGAUAAGAAGGUGGAAAAGAAAGACGUCGCAAUGAACGGCGAGGUAGAGAAGAGCAGCCCAGAUGAAAAAGAGAACAAAGAUACAGACGUGAUUGCUAAUGGCGUAGAUGAGAGCCCAGUUAAAGAAGACAGUAGCCAGAAAGUGGUGAUCACCAAGACCGUGGAGACAAUCACCACUGGAGAGGAUGGGUCCAAGCAUGUCACAAAAUCCAUCACUGUGACAGAAACAGUGAAGGAGUUGGAAGAGUUGCAGCAGGAGAAGCUGGUCUCUGGCAAAAAGACAGAGAAGCAGUCCGUCAAGCCAUUGACAGAGGCUGAAUGAGUGGACUAGGGUCAGCUUAGAGAAAAUGGGAGAAGAGGAGGGGGCAAAAUUGAGAGAGGCGCAAGGUAGAGGAGAGAACAUAAGCAAUCCACAAAGAACUAACGUAACAAUGAAAUCCAUACAGCUAGAGCGAUGUAAUAACAAAAUCACACUAAAAGCAAAUUAUAGAGAGAAGCCAAAAUAAAAUGCGACAAACUUCAAACCUGCAUGCUGAGUGAAAGCUUUAAGCAAGCUUUGCUACUGACGCGGUGAAGAGCAAAUGACUGAGGAACUUUAUCCUAUUUUAGGUUCUUUCUGCUUUUAUAAGGUGAGCUCAGAAGUAGGGGGGGAUGGUGUAUCUGCAUGCUAGCUCAGAGGAGUGGAGUACUGCCCUCUCUUAUCUGUAUGCUUGGUAGGGAAGCACUUUAAAGAAAAUGUAAUGUGAGAUUGUUGGGACAGAUUUUUUGAGUUUAAGUAGAAAGGGUUGGGGUUAGGCAGGGGGGGUCCUUGGCCCAGACAUGCACUCUUCUGAAGAAGCCUUACUUGACAUGUGAAGAUGCCAUCUGAGCCAGAAACAGUAAUAAUGAAUAUGAAACAUUAGGUGAAGAAACACAUAACUACACCAUUAUACAUCCAGUAUCUGAAGCAAUGACAGCUUAACAAAUCUAAAGAAACUCCUAGCCUUAAACAUGCUUUCUAUCACUGUCUGUUCUGUUUACCUGAGAGCAACUUAGACAAAUGUAACUGUAAAUGAUUUGUGCAUCCUUGUAUGCAUAGAAUGAACUUGAAUUUAAUUACAGAAAUAAAUGAGGUGCUACUGUUUGCAGUCCCAUAUCUUUACUCAUCUUGAAUUAUUUCCCAGCAGCCUUUGCUCAAUAAAUAUCAUAA